GUUCUUGUGUUUUUUUUAUCUGGGUAUAAGCCUGAUUUUCUUUGUGGUUUAUAAAUUUGCUAUUAAUAAUUGCCCAAUAAAACACAUUUAAAGCUUUUAAACUUUAGGAUAAUUAUUCAUAGUCAUUUUGUAGUUUUCAACACAAUCAGGGAUGUGGAAAUAAUUUUCUGAGGAAACUGAACAUACUUGACAAUAAACAAAACCAUCAAAUAUAAUAGAUGACUUUAAGUAUGCUUUUCUUAAGAAAAAAUCUUUUAAAUUAUCAAUCUAAUUCAGCUCUACAUUGAGCUAGCAAAAACUGCAUAUGAGAUAUAUUUUCAAAAUAUUGAGUGACAAGUCCAAAUAAAUCUAGCACAACACUUAUGUAUUGAGUUACAUGGUAAGGUGUGAAUAUUUGUGGUUGCCCACCUUAGGUUGGAAACCCGGAUUAGCAAAUAAUGCUAAACUAUGCUAAUGCUAUUACAAAACAUGGUCUAAACGUAGUAAUAUGUUUUUCUUACUACAGGUUAGCUAAUAAUGGAUUUUCCACUGCUUGGAUCAAUAAAUGUUUCCUGCAAAAUUAGUGAUCUGAUUGAUGCUGUCGACGUUUGGUGUGUUAAGCCACAUGUUGUUAACAGAAGACUUGCUGGUUGUGUUGAGUUAUGGAAAGAAGAAGUUACUAUAAACAAUAUUCAAGAAGACUUGGUAGCAGAUAUAACCAGACAUAUUUCUGAAUCAAUUGAACUUGUCAAACCAGCAAACAUAGACAACACACAAAGUGGAAUAGAUUUGACCGAAACUUUGAGUGAGAAUAAUGCAUCUGGAUUACUAAAUCUCUCCACAUUACAAAGUGACAUCUUUAUAUACUUGAAUUCUUGCAUACGUUUCCUGUCAACUGGGAGUAUUGUUAAACUGAAAAUCUUGUUUAGAAGGUUAUUGCCGCGUCACAUUGGCCGGCAUUUUGCUACGUAUGAAGUUAUAGUUUUAACCUGCACAGAUUCUGCAGUUGCAUCUGUUUCUUUUAUGCCUAUUUGCACCACUAGAAGUUUGGAGUUGUUGUGCCACAAAACAUAUUGUAUACAAUUUAACGCUAGAAAUUUAAGGUUAGAUUAUUACACACACAAAGAUUUUAAUAAUGACCCAUCACAAAGUGCAUUGGUUGUAUCGGCAUCUUGGCUCAAAGAAACUUUCAUUACAAAGUUAAAAGCAUGGGCAGAAUCCUCUUUCUCCUCUGAUACGCCUUUAAGAAAGGGACAGUCUCUGGCAUUGGUAAAUAUCGAAGAAUACACGCAUUUGUACGCAGAACUUAAGCAAAAAUAUGGACCAUAUUUUAUUCAAAUCUGGCCCGAAAGUACUGAUCCUUUGAAAUUUGUGUAUGAAGAUAUAGCUCUGGCUACCUAUUUAUUGAUUCUUUGGAAACAGGAGCGAAUGGAGAAAAACAUAUCAACUAUGCAAUCAUUUGUUGAUUUAGGAUGUGGUAAUGGUUUGUUGGUGCACUUGCUGUCAAAGGAGGGUCAUCCUGGUCGUGGGAUUGACAUAUCAAAAAGAAAAAUAUGGAGUUUGUAUGGUGAUGCAACAACUUUGCAGGAAGAAGCUAUUCAACCUAACGCCUUAACAGUGAAGGAAGACUGGAUAAUUGGCAAUCAUUCUGAUGAGCUUACACCAUGGAUUCCAGUUAUCGCAUCAAGGUCAUCUUAUAGUACAAGAUAUUUUGUGCUGCCAUGCUGUUUCUUUGAUUUUCAUACAAAGUUCCAUCGUGUUGACCAGAGGAAACCUCAGUAUGAGUCUUACUUGGACUACAUCCUUCAUAUUGGAUUAGAUUUAGGAUUUACUGUCAAAGCAGAUACACUUAGGAUACCAUCAACGAAAAGGGUGUGUCAAAUAGGGUAUGGACGAACAUAUGUACAGAAAGAUUAUGACAAUAUUGAAACAGUUAUUUCGAAAGUUCUCUCUUCACAUUCACAUGACAUAAACGCUUGCGAUGGAAAUGAUAAAGAAUUGUUUAAACCAAGAGUUGUGCUUAAUGAUCCCAAAAAUUGCACUCAUGUUGAUUUUGAGGUUAAAGCAAUAAUAAUAAAUACAGUCUUUGAGAACUUGCUGCAAAAAGAAAGUGAAAUCAAAGAAAAAUAUAACAGUACAAAGAUUUCUUCAAAAGGUGUUUCUUGGAAGGACUGGAAAAUUGGAGGUUGUAUACAUCUUAACGAAUUAGCAAAUUUGUUUGAUAGUUCUACUUUGAAAGAACUAAAGUCACAAUGUGGUGGUUUACAAACGUUGCUGAAAAAUAACAGACAUGUUUUUAAAGUUGUUGGUGGUGCGGUAUGUUUACGUGAUUACCGGAACCCAACAGACAUGAAACCUUCAAAGAAGUCCUUACAAAAAUCGCAAAAUAACAAAAAGGAUAAAUACAAAACGAAAUGCUGUUGGUUCUACACUCAUCAUCCACAGGGCUGUGUGUUGUCAACAAUUGAGUGUAAAUAUGCUCACGGUGAAGCUGAUUGUGUAAGAUGAAAAUGACUUUCCUUUUAAAUAUGAUAUACUAUUUUUAUUUAUAUGGAUGAAAUUUAGGCCUCUGAUCUAACGGAAGACACAAUACAAUAUU